AUGGAGGACAUUACUACAGGGAAAAAUCUCAUCUAUAUUAAUGCUACAGACAUAAAGGAAGAAGAAGAGACUGAUUAUAAGGAAGACAUUCAUACAGGGAAAGAUCUGAUCUAUAUUAAUACUACAGACAUAAAGAAAGAAGAAGAGACAGAUGUGAGCGGUAAUGAGCAGUAUAAGGAGGACAUUCCUACAGGGAAAGAUCUGAUCUAUAUUAAUGCUCCGGACAUAAUAGUAAAAGCAGAAGAGACAGAUGUGAGCGGUGAUGAGCAGUUUAAGGACAUUUCUACAGGUAACCACCCAGAUUCUUGUAGCAGGAGAUCAGAGGAGAAUCUUAUAUCUUCAGAUUAUAAAGCAGAUGAUGAUAUCACACAAGAUACAUAUGAAGAACAUUCCAUUAUCCCAGAUACACCCUCAGCCCUUCACAGCCAAGAUCUGUCAUCUCAUCCUUAUAUACAGGUCCUGUCUUCUCAGUCAUCACAGGAUGUUCAGCUAAAUAAAGGUCACAGAAAGAAUGAUGGACAUCAAAGAGAUCACACAGGGGAGAAGCCAUUCUCGUGUUCAGAAUGUGGAAAAUGUUUUAGCCUUCAAUCAAAUCUUGUUCAACAUCAAAGAACUCACACAGAGGAGAAGCCAUUUUUAUGUUCAAAAUGUGGGAAAUGUUUUACCCAGAAAUCCUAUCUUGUUGAACAUCAAAGAACUCACUCAGAGAAGAAGCCAUUUUCAUGUUCAGAAUGUGGGAAAUGUUUUACUCAGAAAUCAGACCUUGUUCAUCAUCAAAGAACUCACACAGGAGAGAAGCCAUUUUCAUGUUCAGAAUGUGGGAAAUGUUUUCCUUUUAAAUCAGGUCUUGUUGUACAUCAAAGAACUCACACAGGAGAGAAGCCAUUUUCAUGUUCAGAAUGUGGAAAAUGUUUUAGUCAGAAAUCAGGCCUUGUUCAUCAUCAAAAAAAUCACACAGGAGAGAAGCCUUUUUCAUGUUCACAAUGUCGGAAAUGUUUUCCUUUUAAAUCAGGUCUUGUUGUACAUCAAAGAACCCACACAGGGGAGAA